AUGUCCGCGGUAGAUCAAUCUUCAAUUAAGUUUUCUCUUGAAGAUUAUUACAUCGCUGGAGUCGAAAGUAAUGAUGGAUCCAACUUGAACCAGUCCAUCAUCUACUUCAAACAUAACCUUGCGAAUGAUGGUGAGGAAACAGGAAUUUAUUACGAUAACCUCAACCUCACUUUCUCUUAUUAUACAGGUGAGGGUAUUAUUGUUCCAGUCGGCAACUACACCAUUCCAGGAUUUCGCCAGGGUGUAAAAGCGGAGACCGAUCGAAAAGAUUUUGUGGUGACGGCUCAGGGAUGGCAAGAAAUUUCCAACAUGUCAGUGUCGUCGGAUGUUGUUGUUUUCAGGGUGGAUUUGGCAACUGCGGUGAGGUUCAGGCAUUAUAUUACGGGGAUUAAAAGCAAGAGACUUCGGACAAUGGCAUGGUGUAAGGUGGAGGUUGAUCGAAUUACUGGAAAGAAAAAAAGUAACAAAGCUAUUCAGCUCAAGCAUAUGAUUGAACGGCAUCCUAAUUGUGGCUGGAUUAUCUUUGCUUUUAUCAUCUUUCUGUUAAGUGUUUUUGUAGUACCUUGCCUGGUUUUCAUAUGCUUUGGGGUUGUUUUCGACUAUUGCAUGGAUAACUGA